AUGCAGCGAGACUUGUUCACAAAAAAGCUUUCAUCAUCAUCCUCGGGAGUGAAUCAUCAAGAAAAUUCAACAAUGGGACCACCAUCAUCCAUGUCCAUGCCGAGCACUUGCCAUCCCACUUCAAGAUCACCACAAAAAUCUCCCAAUUCUAAUUCUCCAUCAUCUUCCGAGCAAGAUCUUCAAGCCUUUAAACCCGUGUUAGAUUAUUCAGCAUAUUUUGAACCACAUGAUGUUCAUUUGGAAGAGAGAGGAACAUUUAGAGUGUAUACCAUUAAUCAUUCUUCCACUAUGAAGAAUCAGCCUGUGCCGACAACUACAACAUCGGAACCAUCUACAAUUUCUAGUGCCUCCAUUAAGAGUAUCAAUAUUAACAAUUCAAUUCUUGGAAAGAAAAGCAAAUCGGAUACUGUACUUGUAUUUAUCCAUGGAGCUGGUUUCACUUCAUUAUCAUGGGCUCUCUGCAUCAAACAUUUACAACAAUUUGUGAUAAAAAGUGGUGGAAAUAUGCAGAAUAUUAAUUUCCUACGAUCGCCUCCGACCCCCAUGGAAAUGGGAAAUAACAAUAUUUUGACAAAUGCAUUUGAUGAUUAUGAAUAUUGUGCAAUUGAUUUGAGAGCUCAUGGAGCUAGUCAUACAAGUACCAAUGAUUUGGAUUUGAGCAUUGAAACACUUGUGGAUGAUGUGACAUCUGUCUUACAGAAAGUAUACCAAGGAAAGAAGAGAGAUUUUGUGUUAAUUGGCCACAGCUUGGGUGGAGCAAUUGCUGUACGCGUUGCUGCUAAAAUGGAUAAAAUUGAGGAUGAGCAGAAAAAAGCUGGUCUCCAAGUGAACUCCAUCAUGACUGUUCGAGGAGUUAUCGUCAUUGACAUGGUUGAGGGAAGUGCCCUUUCAAGCCUGCCCAAUACCAAACGAUUUCUAGAAUCGAGACCGAAAAAGUUUAAAACUAUGGAAGCAGCAAUCAAGUGGUCUGUGCAAAAUGGUGUUGUCAACAAUAUUCAGAGUGCUUGCAUUAGCAUUCCUUCUCAAUUGCAAGCAAUUAGUGACGAAGAUCAUUCUGAAAUCAUGUACUACAAGUGGAGGACAGCGUUGGAACAUAGUGAACAAUAUUGGACCGAUUGGUUUACAAACAUGUCAAAAUUAUUUCUUUCCGUCCGAGGAGUGAAAUUACUCAUGAUUACCUCAACAGAUAUUUUGGAUAAGGAAUUAACCAUUGCGCAAAUGCAAGGUAAAUUCCAAAUGAAAGUUCUCAAUCGAACUGGACAUUGCAUUCAGGAAGAUGAUCCUUCACAUACUGCAGAAGUUUUGUUCUCGUUUUUGAGUCGAUUUAGAUUGUAG